AUGAGGAGGAUAAUAAGCAAGGGUCUAGAGAGUCUGUUACCUAGCAACCCAACAUCAAUCAGUGAGAUGCUGAUCUCCAGCGAUGCAGAUGGGGCCAUACAGAGGGCGGGACGCUUCAGGGUGGAGAACGGCUCUUUAGAUGAGGCUUCAGAAUACACUCCAGGAACAUGGAGGAGAACGGACGUCCAUCUGGAAAAUCCAGAGUACCACACCAGAUGGUACUUUAAGUACUUCUUGGGAAAAGUCCACCAGAACUAUGUGGGUACAGAUGCUGAGAAAAACCCUUUCUACCUGUCGGUCGUCCUCUCGGACCAGAACAACCAACGGGUUCCUCAGUACCGAGCUAUCCUCUGGAGAAAGACGGGAACUUUGAAGAUCAGCCUCCCCUACAGCCCGACUAAAACACUUUCAGUCAAGUCCAUCCUAAGUGCAAUGAACAUGGACAGGUUUGAGAAAGGCCCCAGGGAGAUCCUGAACCCAGAGAUUCAGAAGGACCUGCUGGUGUUGGAGGAACAGGAGGGUUCAGUCAACUUUAAAUUUGGUGUGCUGUAUGCCAAAGACGGACAGCUCACAGAUGACGAGAUGUUUAGCAAUGAGAUGGGGAGCGAGAACUUUGACAAGUUCCUCAAUUUGCUGGGGGAUACCGUUGCACUGCAGGGAUGGGCGGGCUAUCGCGGAGGGCUGGACACAAAAAAUGACACUACAGGACUUCAGUCAAUCUACACGGUGUAUCAGGGGCAUGAGCUCAUGUUCCACGUCUCCACCAUGUUACCCUACUCUAAAGAGAACAAGCAGCAGGUGGAGAGGAAGAGGCACAUUGGAAACGACAUUGUUACCAUAGUAUUUCAGGAGGGGGAUGACGCGUCGUCGUCCUUCAAACCAUCUAUGAUCCGAUCACACUUCACCCAUAUUUUUGCAUUAGUUAGAUAUAAUAGCCAGAAUGACAGUUACAGGUUGAAGAUUUUCUCGGAGGAGAGUGUUCCACUGUUUGGACCCCCUCUCCCAUCUCCGCCUGUUUUUACUGACCACCAUGAAUUCAGGGACUUUUUAUUAGUCAAAUUAAUCAAUGGAGAGAAAGCCACACUGGAGACGCCGACGUUUGCCCAGAAACGUCAGCGGACCCUUGACAUGUUGAUCCGUUCGCUCUACCAAGACCUAAUGCCUGACCUGCACAAGGUUCCCUUUUCUCCUCAGAACAUGUUAAACCGGCGGUCCUUCAGCGACGUGCUGCCUGAGUCGCCAAAGUCGGCACGUAAGAAGGAGGAGGCCCGGCAGGCUGAAUUUGUCAGAAUAGGGCAGGCCCUGAAGCUGAAGACCAUCGUGAGAGGAGAUGCACCGACAAGCCUUGUCACCACGGGCCUGUGCAGAAAAGAGCCUUGGGAAUCUCAGUCAUUCUGCAGCACGUUCCCCUAUGAGAUUGUCUGUGCUGACUCGUGGGGUCAGUCUCUGCUGGUGGCCACUGAUACGGCGGGGGUCAUGAUGCUGGAUGGUCCUGAUCCAGCUAUGCCUGGUGCUGAGACACCAACGCUUCCUCCGGUGCAGGUGUUUGACAAAACCAUGGCAGUGAAGCAGAUGCACAUUCUGGAGCCUCAGGACCUACUGAUCACCCGAGCGGACAGAGGAAAGGACGCCCGGCUCUAUGUGUUCAAACUCAGCGGGAUCAAGAGAGGCCUGGAGGAACGGCAGCUUGUCAGAAGCAAGUGUGACUGCAGGGAGAACAAACUGGAGAAAACUAAAGGUUGUCAUUUGUACUCUAUCAACACCCACCAUGGCUCCGAGCUGAGAAUAGUAGUAGCCAUCAGAACCAAACUCCUCCUAAUUACCAGGAAACAUCCGCGUUUCAGCGCUGUCGCCACAGGAGCAGACUCUCCAGUGGAGGAGUUUCAGUACAUUCGGGAAAUCUGUCUCUGCGACCCGCCUGUGGUGAUGGCACUGGUAGACGGUCCGACGGGGGAAAACGACAACAUGAUAUGCGUGGCCUACAAACACCAGUUUGACCUGAUCAAUGAGAGCACCGGGGAUGCCUAUCGACUUCAUCACGUAGAGGCUAACAGGGUGAACUUUGUAGCAGCCAUUGAUGUGUAUGAAGACGGCGAGGCAGGCCUCCUCUUGUGUUACAACUAUAUUUGUUACUAUAAGAAAGUUUGCCCUUUUAACGGCUCCACACCGAUGAUCCAGUCCAACACCUCUGAUUUCCACUUCAGCUGGAACCAGAUGCCCAAUGCUAUUGUUUGCGCUUUUCCUUACAUCCUCGCCUUCACAACGGAUUCCAUUGAGAUCCGACUGGUGGUCAAUGGAAACCUAGUGUACACAGCAGUGGUCCCGGAGCUGCAGCUGGCUGCCUCAAGGUCGGACAUCUAUUUUGUCUCGUCGGCGCCAGUGAGCUCAGCCUCCAACUGCAGUUCCAGAGACACCAGCUCUCAGAGCUCCCCCCAGACGCCCACUGGCUAUGAGAUGCCCGUGUUCCCUUCACCGCUCGGAGAUGAUUCAAUACGGAUCCCCUAUGGUACCAAGCUUUCCCUGUACAUGUCUAAGGACGCCGAAGGUGAAGCAACAUGUAAGCACAUCUUCAAGAUUCCUCUGUGUAACCUGGUGGGCCGCAGUAUCGAAAGACCCCUGAAGUCUCCACUAGUCAACAAAGUGAUGACCACGCCCGCCCCCGCCAUGAUUGCCCCCACUCCGCUUAUCUCCGCCACACACUCGCUGUCCUUGUCCCGCAUGGAGAUCAAAGAGAUAGCCAGCCGCACACGAAAGGAGCUGCUUGGCCUGACAGAGGAGCCAAGUGGGAAGUCGGACAGCGGAUCAGUCAAGCAGAGAAAGAUGAUCAAAAAGAACACUGACGAGGAGCCCAAAGCUCGAGCGCUGACGUCAACCAACAGUGACAGGUUAGCCUCAGACUCGGCCGAAGCAGAACUGGAUGUCCAGCUGCAAUGCUCCUCCAGUUUGGAAGCCGAUCCAGAGAUGGUGGUGCUGCAGGAGGAGAGUCCACCUCUGGCCAGUACGUUUGCUCUCUCCACAUCCUUCGAAGACGGUGUCUUGGAUCUAAAGUGAAGACAAUCUUGUUGUGCAUUUCCCUGCUCCCGUACCUUUGUGCUGUCACAGUCAUUUUGUUUUUAUUUGUUUUGCUUUUAAUUGGUCUGUUGAUCUAUUUCCUUGCCUUCUAAUGUCCUGGGUAUCUCCAUUCAUCAGCCAGGAUUCCCAUCAGGUUAUGGUAGGAGUGACAAAACAUGUCUCCAUGCAUGUUUAUCAUGAGCCAUCCCUCAGUCGCUGUGUUGGGUGUUUGUGUGGUCCUGCGACUGAUAUCCCAGAAAGGCUGUAAAGUUCUGCAAGAUGCCCGGGUGUGUUUCAACAUCUACAGUAGCUUUGAGAGAAGGGUCUGAGCCUAAACCACAAUGUCAAUCUGCAAACAUCUGUGCACCUGUAUGCGGUUCCCUCUGAAGCUGACUAUGUGUUAUGUAUAUUUUUUCAGAUCUGCUUGCAAAUAUUGUAUAAUAAUGCUCUGUAUGUGAACAUCUCUUAAUACACCAAACUGCAUACAGUGCCAGGCA